CGUCGCCAUAUUCAUUCAAAUCCGCCAUAUUUUUCUGUGAGUCGCCCUUUGCUUUUUAGGGUAGAGUGAAUUUUAUUCAUAAUUAUUAAAAUAAUGGUUUUUAUGAGUUAACUGCAACAUUAUUAGUAUUAGUGGUUAGUGCAAUAUACGUGAAACAAAAAGUAAUCUGAUUUAGUGGCUAUUGUGUGGUUAUAUCUGUAUUUCCUGUAUCGGUUCUUCAAUCUAUUCUAAACAGAAAAUGGCUGACGGUGUUGGUGCGGGUGUCUCCUUUGUUUAGACUGAAUUUUAGUGAAAAUAAGCAUCAAAAGAAAUAAUGCCUAGUGCCUCGUUUUCCUCUUCGCGUUCUUACGUCCGUAGAUCGCGAAGAAAAGGCGGACACAGAAUACCACUUCCAUCCAGGACACAAUCAAGUGAACCAUGUGAAUCUGUACCUUGCCCGAACAACGUGACAGGCAGCGCGAUGGCGGCGACGGCGUGCGCCGGGCCGAGCGGCAGCGGCGGCGGCGGGUCGGGCGGCGCGCCCCCCGUGCCUGCUGCGCCCGCCGCCGCCACGCCCGCCGGACACCACAGCCCUUACGACCUGCGCCGCAAGUCGCCACCUGCCUACCACGAGCCCGGCCCCUCCGGCUCCUGCUCGCUGCCCGCAAGGAAGAGGCCUAGGACAUCAUUGUCUCAAGGUGUGGACGUAUGCAAUGUGUCGCAGUACUUGCAGUACGAGUUGCCAGAUGAGGUGCUGCUCUGCAUCCUGUCGCAUCUUACCGAGCGUGACCUCUGCCGUGUCGCGCAAGUCUGCAAGCGGUUCAACACCAUUGCUAAUGAUACAGAACUAUGGAAAAGUCUGUACCAGUCGGUAUUCGAGUACGACACGCCGCUGAUGCACCCCGCGCCCUGCCAGUUCGAGUUCGUCGCGCCUGACGAGUGUGACGCAGACAACCCGUGGAAGGAGAGCUUCCGACAGCUCUACUACGGCAUCCACGUCCGCCCCAACUAUCGUCCCAAAAAGGACUCCCGCAUCAAACAUUUUAAUACUAUUAGGGCGGCGCUGGAGUACGUGGAGGAGAGAAGCGGAGUGUCGUGCUCGAGCGGCGGGAGCUGCAGCUGCGGUGGUGGCGGGAGCGGAAGCGUGAGCGCGUCUGGUGGCGGGAGUGGAUCUGCAGGCGUGUGCUCGUGUCGGCGUACGCCAGCCCCGCCCCCCGCGCUUCUCUUUGUGCACGCCGGCCUAUACCAGGAGGAGUGCCUCGCUAUCGACACUGAUGUACAGCUCAUUGGCUGCGCUCCCGGCAACGUAGCAGAGUCUGUAGUACUAGAGCGCGAGGCGGAGUCGACGCUGACGUUCGCGGAAGGCGCAAACCGUGCGUACGCCGGCUACAUGACGCUCAAGUUCUCGCCGGACGCCACCAGCACGAUGCAGCAUCACAAGCAUUACUGCCUUGAGGUCUCCGAUAACUGCUCGCCCACUGUCGACCAGUGCAUUAUACGUAGCGCGAGUGUUGUGGGUGCGGCGGUGUGCGUGAGUGGUGCGGGCGCGAAUCCGGUCAUCCGGCACUGCGAUAUCAGCGACUGCGAGAACGUGGGCCUUUACGUGACGGAUUACGCGCAGGGCGCCUAUCAGGACAACGAGAUAUCUCGCAACGCGCUCGCUGGCAUCUGGGUUAAGAAUUUCGCUAACCCCAUCAUGCGCCGCAAUCAUAUACACCAUGGACGAGAUGUCGGUAUAUUCACAUUUGAAAAUGGACUGGGUUAUUUCGAAGCGAACGACAUCCACAAUAAUAGAAUAGCCGGUUUUGAAGUGAAAGCCGGCGCCAAUCCCACCGUAGUUCACUGCGAGAUACACCACGGUCAGACUGGAGGCAUAUACGUGCAUGAAUCCGGUCUGGGCCAGUUCAUUGACAAUAAGAUACACUCCAAUAACUUCGCCGGCGUCUGGAUAACGUCCAACAGUAACCCCACCAUACGUCGCAAUGAGAUAUACAACGGACAUCAGGGCGGAGUGUACAUAUUCGGCGAGGGCCGCGGACUGAUUGAGCACAAUAAUAUAUAUGGGAAUGCUUUGGCUGGUAUACAGAUUCGCACAAAUAGCGAUCCUAUCGUGAGGCACAACAAGAUCCACCACGGGCAGCAUGGCGGCAUCUACGUGCACGAGAAGGGGCAGGGCCUCAUCGAGGAGAACGAGGUGUACGCCAACACGCUCGCCGGAGUCUGGAUCACCACCGGCUCCACGCCUGUGCUGCGCAGGAACCGCAUACAUUCCGGGAAACAGGUGGGUGUUUACUUCUAUGACAAUGGUCACGGCAAGUUAGAAGACAACGAUAUCUUCAACCACCUGUACUCAGGGGUGCAAAUCCGUACUGGCAGUAACCCUGUCAUCCGCGGCAAUAAAAUCUGGGGUGGGCAGAAUGGAGGCGUGCUAGUAUACAAUGGCGGUCUCGGCCUACUCGAACAAAAUGAAAUAUUCGACAACGCCAUGGCCGGCGUCUGGAUAAAGACUGAUUCCAACCCAACGCUCAAGAGGAAUAAGAUAUUCGAUGGACGCGAUGGGGGCAUAUGUAUUUUUAAUGGGGGCAAGGGCGUGUUGGAGGAGAACGACAUCUUCCGCAACGCGCAGGCGGGCGUGCUGAUCUCGACGCAGAGUCAUCCUGUGCUGCGUCGCAAUCGCAUCUUCGACGGCCUCGCCGCCGGUGUUGAGAUCACCAACAACGCAACAGCCACUCUUGAACAUAAUCAGAUAUUUAAUAAUCGAUUUGGAGGUCUAUGCCUGGCGUCGGGCGUGUCGCCGCUGGUGCGCGGCAACAAGAUCUUCAGUAACCAGGAUGCGGUGGAGAAGGCGGUGGGCGGAGGACAGUGCCUCUACAAGAUAUCCUCCUACACAUCCUUCCCCAUGCAUGAUUUCUAUAGAUGCCAGACAUGCAACACGACAGAUCGGAAUGCAAUUUGCGUCAAUUGUAUCAAAACGUGCCAUUCAGGACAUGAUGUAGAAUUUAUACGCCAUGACAGAUUCUUCUGCGACUGUGGCGCGGGUACGCUGUCUAACCAGUGUCAGCUGCAAGGCGAGCCCACGCAGGACACGGAUACACUUUACGACUCCGCCGCGCCCAUGGAGUCCCACACCCUCAUGGUUAACUGAACGCCCCGCCCACCACGCCCACCGCGCCCAUAGCCCCGCCCCCACACACAUACAACAUCUCACACUAUGCUACUAAUAUUACAAUUCCUUCAUAAGUCAUGAAAGUGACACAUUUUUACUAUACCACUCUACAAGUUGUUAAAUUUUCCUUCCAAUUUCUUAAUAUUAAGUCCGAGUCCGUAAUAACGUAUUUUUUUCUUGUUGUAUUUAUGUUACGUCAUUUUACAUUUAUACAAUCUUUAUCUAUAAAAUCUAGAAGCAUAGUGUGAUUUAAAAAUGUAUGUGAGAUAUUUCACUGUAUCAUAAUGUAAGGAACACAUUGCCAAGCGGCUUUUUUAAUACACUGACAACUAACUUGUUUGGCAGAAACAGCUUUAAUGAGAUUAGUCACUUUAUUAGAGCUUAGCAUUCAUAUGCUUAAAGGAAAAUAAUAUAUGGGCAUUAAUACUGAAAUCAUGAAGCUAAGAUGAAUACGGUCAUAUUGAAAGCACUAUACUAGUUGAAAACCAGUUGCUAUAUGAAUUUUUUUUAUAUUUAAAGUCAUGAAUAAUGGUACUUGUAAAACAAGUGUAUAAAUUGGAGAAAUCUUGAUCUCAAGAAGUCCAUCCAGCUAUAGGACUUACCCUGUCAUAGGUCUAAAUAUGACUUUAAUAAGCCAUAUAGACCUUCCAGAAUAUUCGUUCUGAAUUGCAAUUUCAAUAAUAAAACAUAUCAUCCUUUAAUACGGUUUAGAAUUUUCAAACCAUUUCUGAUGGAAAUUUAAUUCUGCUAUGAAAGUUUAAAAAAUAAAUCAUGCGUGUUUGAAACAAAAAUGUUUAUGUCCAUUUAUUUCUAAACUUAUUAUUAAAUGGAAUGUAUUUUUUUGAUGCUAAUGCUACCGUUUUUUAAUGGACAUAACCAAUUUUGAUUCUAUACCCCUGACAUAUUAUUGAUUUUUUUUAACUAAUUGACAUAAAACACAUAAAUCAUGAUAAUCUAGAUUUUUUUUAUUAUCUAAUAUCAAUGGAAAUAAUGUAUUUGUGAAAUAUAAUUCUAUUCUAUAUGCCAUUGUUAUGGUAAAUUGUAAAUUAUGGUUUUGUAGUCAACAGUCUGGGUUGCAGCAGUACUGUGUGACGUUAUUCCAUUAUCAUUGGAUAAACAAAUUAAAUCAAUUAUAUGCAAUUUAGUAUUGUAUCGUUUGCUUUAAUAUAAAUAAUAAGUGUAUGUGAAACUGAUUUUUGUUUUAAGUUUUUAUUUGAGUUUGUCCAAUGAUAUGGAAUGUUUGAUGCGGUGGGCGCAAACCUCACUCUACCCAACAAUUAUUUUUAUUACCUAAAACUUGUCAUGUUCGUGACACCUCGUGUUACGUAAGCCAUUUUACCUUUGUACUGUAUUAUAGAUGACGAAGGAAUGUUGUUACGCUAUUUGUAUAUGUAGAGGCGUCUUUUUUAUCAUCGGUACUUAAUAAUGUAUUUGGUCGUGUAGUAUCUAUCGUGCAUUCCCUAAAAUUGUAAUCAUCCAUGAAGUGGCGUCGAUAUUAGAGUAAUGUUUUUUUUUGUAAGUGUUCCGGUAGUCGGCAGAGACAUCUCUGCCGGACCGAUCCGUGAUGAUGGAGAUGAUAUCUAUUUUCUUUAAUUAUUUUUACCGAAGCUGACUAGAUGCGUACGUUUUUAUUAUACGAUCAGUCCGGUCCGGUGACCGUCACUGUCCCGGACCGGCUACAAUUUUGUAACAUUAUAAACUUAGGUAAUGUUAUGUUUUUAACAAUUUGACGAGAUGAUUUUUAUUUUGGAGCAUUUAUCGAGUAGGCCUCCUGAAGGUGAGAUAAUCGUUCGUGUUUUAGUUAAUAAAGAUAUUUGUACGAGUUAGGUGUGGGGGCCGGGCGGCGCCGCGCGGGGGCGGGGGCGGUGGGCGUGGCCGGGGUCCGCCUCGCCUAACUAGUUUUGGCGCUCCCAUGAUGCGCUUUGUAAAUAUUUAUGUCACACAAUAAUCGAAAAUGUAGUAAUUAAUGUAUUUGUAUCAUUAUAUUUUUAUUAUUAUCGAUCACAAGCUGUAUGUUUAAUUAUUAUGAAGUACGUACGUAAGCUCGGGACGCGGGCGGCGCGCCAGCCGCCAUUGUAUAUUGGAUAAUGCAAAUUAAGAAGGAAUCUGCGUAUUUAAUUGGAAAAGAUCUUAGGUACAAUUGAUAUUUUAUUAUAUUGUUAAUUUAAUGGUGGUAUUGAUGCGACAUGCGACGGAGCAUUGCCAGAGCAGGAGCGGUCGAGCGGCAGCGGAGCUCGUAGCUGUAAGUUAGCCGGUAAGCUGUAAUGAAGUCUAAAUAACUCAAUCAAUAAUCACUAUUGCAAAAUUUCGAAUUGUUAAAUCGUCUCCAUAGCACGGUAUGUUCUUGAAUCUGCUUUUUUUUAUAAUCCUCAAUCUGUGAUCAUCGAUAAAUGUGUAAGUAAAUCGAACACGCGCCGGACACGUCGACAGCGAAAUUAUAAUGGCGCCGACGUUUUAUAUAAUUGAAUGUGAAAAUUGUUAUUUAUUGAAUUGUCAGUAUGUUCAUUAUUUAUUGAAUUAAAAUCUGGGAUAUUUUUGUUUAUACCUGAAGAUACCACUGUAAAAGCCGUGAUAUACAUCAUAUAAUAUUAUA